GGCCCCCGCGCAUGGGGGGCCGCCCCGGACAUGCCCUUCUCGCCGCUCGGCUUCGCUCUCCUGCUGCUGGCGGCCGCGGGAAGGUCCCUCCCGGCGAGGCGGAGUUCAGAUGGGUCUCUCUCUGAAGUUAUGCAGAAGUGGAAGGAGUAUCAGCUCCAAUGCCAAAAAUACUUAUAUGAGACACCCCCUAUUGUUUCAGAAGGCAAGUUUUGCAACAGAACAUUUGAUGACUAUGCCUGUUGGCCAGAUGGACUACCUGGCACCUAUGUGAAUGUCAGCUGCCCCUGGUAUCUCCCCUGGGCUAAUGCAGUGCUGCAUGGGCAGGUGUACCGGUUCUGCACUUCGGAGGGGACAUGGCUGCUGAAGGAGAAUUCAACCCUGCCCUGGAGGAACCUGUCUGAAUGUGAGUCCUCUGACCAGGAUGCACCAGAAGAACAGCUCCUGAAUUUGUCCAUCAUAUACACCAUUGGAUAUGCUCUUUCCUUCUCUGCCCUUGUAAUAGCAACUGCCAUUCUUCUUGGAUUCAGACAUCUGCAUUGCACGAGGAAUUACAUUCACCUGAACCUCUUCACCUCUUUCAUCCUCCGAGCUAUAUCUGUUUUCAUUAAAGAUUCAGUGGUGAAGUGGAUGUACAGCACAGCCACACAAGAGCACCAGUGGGAAGGACUUAUUGCCUUCCAGGAAUCACUCAGCUGCCGGUUGGUCUUUGUGAUGAUGCAGUAUUGUGUGGCUGCAAACUACUACUGGUUGCUGGUGGAAGGCAUGUACCUUUACACGCUGCUGGUACUUUCGGUCUUCUCUGAACAAAGGAUUUUUCGGCUUUAUCUCUGCAUUGGCUGGGGUGUGCCAAUGCUGUUUGUUAUCCUCUGGGGAACUGUCAAGUACCUUUAUGAAGAUGAAGGUUGCUGGACCAGAAACUAUAACAUGAAUUACUGGUUGAUCAUCAGACUGCCCAUUCUCAUUGCCAUUGGGGUAAAUUUCCUCAUCUUUAUCAGAGUUAUAUGCAUCAUCAUCUCCAAACUACAGGCUAAUUUGAUGUGCAAAACUGACAUAAAAUGCAGGCUGGCCAAGUCUACGUUGACUCUGAUCCCACUACUGGGGACCCAUGAGGUCAUCUUUGCCUUUAUUACGGAUGAGCAUGCCAGAGGGAUGCUGCGCUUUGUGAAGCUUUUUACUGAACUCUCCUUUGCUUCAUUCCAGGGGCUGAUGGUUGCAAUUCUUUACUGUUUCAUCAAUAAUGAGGUUCAGAUGGAGUUUCGGAAAAGCUGGGAGCGCUGGAGAUUAGAACAUUUGUAUGUCCAGAGAGACAGCAGUAUGAAACCUCUGAAAUGUCCAGCCAACAGCAUCAGUAGCGGAGGCACGGUAGGCAGUAGUGUCUAUGCUGCCACUUGUCAGGCCACAUUCAGCUGAGAUUUCUGCAGGUGAAUCAGACUGAGAACAAUGAACUGUAUGAUAUUCCUGAAAACCCUUAAAUACCCAAGCAAAUGGCUUAAGUAUGCCAUCUCCAGCAAGAAACUUAAGCAUAUGCUGCUCAUUGCCUGCAGGCUGUUGGACAAAGGUUUCUAGCGAAAGCAAUCUGCUAAUGUAAUCAACACAUCAGAGGAAAAAUUGAUCACGUCUAAAGUAAGUUAAAAGAGUUUCCUCCUAUUUGCACACAAGGCCUCCAGGUGUCCAAAAUUUAAGCACAGCAUUGAUCCAGUCUGAAACCACAGGGUCAAUGGCUUAUUACUGUUGAGUGGGCGAGCUGAGUGAUUGACUGAUUAAAUUACAAGGAUACAGAAUAUGAUUAUUGCCAAAAAAUACAUUUAGACUUUUCUGGGGACAGGGUAAGGUCACCAUUUAUAGAAAAAAAUAAUUUAGUGGGACACAACUCAUGUUUUAGGGAAGAACCAGUUUUGUAGUAGGAGUUUCCCAAAGUUAAAGUUGAAAAUACGCUAACCUUUUUUCUGUGUAGGUGAAGGACAGCAUCCUGAAGGUUUAUCAAUUUACAGCAGGUAGUUUGGUGAACACUUGAACACUUCUGAAUGCUCUUUUUAAGCCUCACUUGCAAAAAAAAAAAAAAAAGAACCAAACUCAGUAUCUGUUAGGGGCCUCAUCUGCUAGAAUUACAGAAUUAGGUACACAUUAUCUCUGUUGACUUGGAUGUGUCCCCUAAAUGCACAGCCCUUCCAUUAUAAUUGGUACUCUGCUUCUCUGGUGGACACACAGGGAUGGGAUAAUGACUUCUGCUUCAAGAGAACGUUUUCUGUCUAAGCUUUACUCGGUGCAAGCACACAGAAGUCAGCUAGUGGCCACUGCUGGUCUUAGCACAUCUCAUGGCAUUGAAAAGAUUCACUAGUUGGCAUUGUGGGCUCACUUUUGUUUCUCCUUCAGCCUUGGUCCUUUUCUCCAGAGACGAGGUACCCACACUUGGGGGCAGGAAGGCAGCCCUUGCAUAGGGCACAGGUUCAGGACCGAGGAGAGCUCCCGCUCGGGUGGGCUGCCAUCCUCCUCCAGAAUCUGCCUGCUUCCCAUGAGUGGGAUUCCAAAAAAAAAAUCCCCAAACCCACUAUCCUGAACUCCACGAGCUUUUGUGAGUUUAAAACAGUGAGGGCUUGUGCAGUGACUGUAUUUGCACUGCACAGUGUUUCCCUCCCUGAUGUUUACAAGAGUUGCUGGGGAAAAACAGAGGUACCUUUACAAGCAGGAUGUAAUCCAUUGCAUCAUUCAAUAGCAAGCUUUACAUAUCUUUACUCAGCUGUUACUCGGGCUCCCUUUACAACAAAGAGGCCAAAUGCCAAAGACUAGUCCUGAGAAUCUCCCUGUUCAGAGACUUUUUAGUAAGUAACUUCCAUGGCAUAGCAGUUAAGAAAUACUUAGCAGAAAUAACACACCACCACCACUACCACCCUCCAAUUUUCAAGUCUCUUUGCACUUGCACUCACAGCCCCCAUUACCAAGAAAAUGGACUGGAUAUUCUGGGAUGUAAUUCAGCAUCUUUCCUGCCUGAAGCUAGAUUGCUUUCCAUGGUAUUAUUUAAUCAUUGUAUUAGAAUCCAAAUUGCCAACAGUGUGGAUUAGUUUUGCAAUCACCAGGUUUGAAUUGAAUUAAGAGAGGAUGUGUUACCUUCUUCUGCUAUAAUACUUGUAAUAGAGCUCCAGGGAGAAAGUCAGACAUGUUUGUAGAAAUCCACCACAGUUCUCAGGCUGGCUUAUAUGUGUUUAGCAUGCUGGCUUCUAUGUAGGCCAUUCCCAGGCCUUCCCUCCCUAACAUCAGUUGCAGAGCUAACUUUGGAAUGAAGCACCUCAGGUUCUUCUGUAAAUUUAAUAACUAGCUUCUGUGUUGUGUGACCGUCAAUACAAUACUUGACUACCACAUGCAGAUGUUAACUGCUGUCCUAAAAUAUAAUUAAUUAGCUUCCUAUACGUAGAGAGUAUGCUUGAUAUUUCUAUCUACCAUGUACUCUGAUGUGCUUUGAACAGGAAAAAAAUGAUAGUCACUGGUAGGUGAAAAGGCAGCGUGAUGACAGAUGAAAUUUGCAGCUGUAGGAUAAUGCACUCUGGAGGGAAUAAUUUCACUCAUUAAUAUUCAAGAGUGGAUACUAGUUUUCCAGGGCCCUGCUUAGUUGCGUGCAAACCUGGGAAAAAAAUUUUCUGCUGCUUGCGCAGCUGUUAGCAAGAUGAUAAUUUUGCUAUGACAACAGGAAGUUACAGAAGUGUUUUAACUCACUACUGCGCUGGGAAAAAACAUGUAUGUAACAAAUGAAAGAUGAAAGUCAUAGGAAUAGAGAGCAUUUCCAUGUGUGGUAACAAACCUGUACUUAGUUGCUGUCACAAGGUUCUUUCAACAGCUUGACAUGCUUUUGAGUUAGUAGGCUCUUCUUGUCCCUCCUAGUCAUUUGAGAAGUGAGGGCUUUGGGCCCACAAGAAUAGCUCCAGCACCAGAUGUCAAACUUAUCUUGGUAACUUUUGCCUUGUUAGAACAUAAGAGAAAAAUUAGGUAACAAAGUGAGGUCUUAGCCAAGCAGAGGGUUGUGGAGGAAUUUUUUUUCCCUCUCUGAUUAAGCUCUCACUUCUUCAAACUUUUUUUAAUCCCCUCUAAGAAUAACUCAGUGAAAGUUAUUACCACUAAAGCAGAAUUACAGUAUUCGUGUAUUUAGAGACAGUGCAAGGCCUCAAUGCCAAUUUCUCCAUCAUUCUUUAUCUACUUCAGUAAAACCUUUUAGAAGCUUUUGUUAUUCAUGUCAUCUCUAUUUCAAAAUGUGUAAUGUACAUUUAUUUGGGUAGCAUGAAAUAGGCGAACCAACACAAAGCACUGGAACAGAUGAACUGUGUCGGUUUUUAUUUCUUGUGCCUUCCAGCUUCAUGCUCACUUAUUGUGGUAACUUGUUUCAUGAAGCAUUAAAUACAAGAGUCUAUAAAUCCAUCUGGACAUAAUGCAACUAGAGUUUAUAGCAAGUGAAAACUUUAUUUCCAGCAUUGCUGCUAUGAAGUUUUAUAAUUUCCUGAAUCUUACCUUAUAUUUAAUAUUUAUUUGCAUGUAUUUCCUUGUUUUAAAAAACACCCACAGAAUCGAACUGUACAGGAUGUCAGAUUAUCAAUUCCCCAUAAACACUAUGCUGAUGUUUAUUUUUAUCAUUGUGAAUAAAGUUUCAACUCACAAAAUUC